AUGACAGAUGCUUAUAAUGAAGUAAUUUUACCAUUUCUAUAUCGAAUGUCAAAUUUAGAAGAACUUGAUUUAAGUCUUUCUCUUUCAAUAGAAGAAAAAUUUCUUGAUGGAAAUGAUAUAAAGAAAAAUCUUCUCAAUCAAAUGAUGCAAUUAAACAAAUUUACAUUUAAUAUUUACUCAAUUCUUUAUUGUCAUAAUCAAAUUAAUUUACAAUCAAAUGAAGAUAUACAAAAUACAUUUAAUGAUUAUAAAUAUAAUACAAUUAUUUGUUCUAUUGAUUAUUUUAAAAAACGUUCUAGUCAAUGUCGAAUUUAUAAUUAUAUAACAAAUAAUUUUUCAGAUGAAUUAUUCAAAUGUGUUCGUCAAAUAUCAUUAUUCGAUGAAAAACCAUUUGAACAUGAAUUUUUCCUUCGAAUGGAGAAAUCAUUUCCAUUUUUAGAGAAUAUUUCAAUACAUAAUUUUCAACCACAAAAUAAUAAAUCAUGUACAGAAUCAAAUAAGGAUAAUCAAUAUUUAUCAAUUGUGAAAUAUACGUAUCUUACUAAUCUUUCACUUAUUAAAGUUCAUGAUGAUUAUAUUGAACAAUUUUUAGUUUAUACAAAAGUAUCUUUACCAAAUAAUGUUCAUCUUAAUAUUAGUUAUGAAUCAUUGAAAAGAGUAACAAACAAUUUUACUAGAAAUGCAACACAAAUCAAUUUUGAUCAAUCAGGACCAAAAGCUUCAUCAAGAGUUAUUGUCGUUAAAAAUUCAUUUGGUUUGUCAUAUGAUUUUUCAAGAAAAAACCCUGUUGCACCUAAUGAUUUAGCUGCAAAUGCAAUUAAUAAUGAAUGGAUUAAGUUAAAUUAA